UCAGAGGGAAUAAUGGCAUCCACAGGAAUACAGGUGCCAGGCAACUAUGAAGUGCCCGACAUUCCCUAUGGAUUUGGAGUUUUUAGAACAUUACCCUACGCAUUUAUUCCAUUAGAACUGCUAUUUGGAGCAUGGGUUUGGAUCCUGGUUGCUGCUACAAGAGUAUUUGCACCUCUCGUGCAAGGAUGGGUCAUGUAUGUUUCAGUGUCCUCAUUCUUCUUCUCAUUGCUACUCCUGAUGGUCUACUUGUUUGGCUUCCACAGAAACCAUUGCAACACCUGGAAAAUAAUAGAUGUUAUCUACCAUGGGAUUACAGCAACAUUUUACUUGAGCGCUGCUGUGCUGCAAGCUUAUGCUACAAUAGAUUGUGAUCGAUUGAUAGUACCUGCUGGAACUUGCACUCGUCUGAUUUACCACUUGGAUGCUGCAGCCACAGUCUUUGCUUUCUUGACAGCACUAAUGUAUUUGCUGCACAGCUUAAAUUCCUACAUCCGCUGAAAGUCCUCAGGAAAGUGAAGCAGAUCAGUCUGUGAAUAUAUUUAUCAGAUGGGAAGAUAAAGACUUCUACAAAUGUGACAAAAAUUCAAACAUCAGUCAUAACAAAUUUCCCCAACAUUCUGGAAAAUAUUUUUCUUUUGUAUAUAAAUGAGAUCUGUUCAUAUUCUUGGUGCUUGCACGCAUCAUUCUUGAUAUUAAUAGCAAUGAAUGGGGAGGCUUGUUUGGUAAGGCAAGCCAGCCAAAGCAAAUACCUCCUGAUCCAUGAGCUUGGCUGAUACAUGUUUCAACCUGGGUUAUGACAGAUUCAUUACAAUGCUACUAGAUAUUUACAGCAGUAAGGGUACAUUAAUAGUAUUAAUAUUAAAAAAAAUGCCUAUUUACUUUGAGGAAUUUUCACUGUAUUAUGCUCUGUUUUAAAUAUAUUUAUUUUUACAUCUUUAAAUACUAUUUUCUUCUUCGGCUUAUUGAGCAAUACUAUGCUCAGAAUUUCUGCGCCAUUCCUACAGUCCAGUUUUGAGUCAAUUAGCUAGAAAAAAAAGUGUUUUUCUAAAGAAUCCAGAUUUUGGAGUAAAUUCUAAAUCAAUAAAUAUCCGCCCUACCAUCAAAACUAGCUGCAAAUACC